CAGUCGGAGGGGAUGGAAACGGCUAUUGGCGCGGCAGGCUGGCUCGUCGGCAAGGUGCUGAAUAAGCUGUCGGAUGACUUGGUGGCUGCGUAUGUGGCCAGCUCUGAGCUCGGCCUCAACUCUGAGCAGAUCAAUACCAAGCUCAAGUACAUGCAAGGGCUGCUGGAAGCAGCCCAGUCCAGGGAUGUGAGCAGAAACCGUGGCCUGCAGAGCUUGCUGGAGGAUCUGAGCAAGAAGGCUGAUGAGGCUGAGGACGCGCUGGACGAGCUCCACUACUUCAUGAUCCAAGACCAGUUGGAUGGCACCCAGGAGGCUGUCCCGGAGCUGGGUGAUGACCUCCGUGGUCAUGCUCUCCAUGUUCACCAUGCUACUCGCUCCACCUUCGGUAAAUGGCUGACAUGCUUUUCUUGCACACGUCCAAAACAUAUCGAUCGUGAUGCUAUAGCUGUUGUUACUAAUAAUCGUGGGGGCGGUCUGGAGAAGUUGACAUUCAACAGAGUUGCCAUGUCUCACAAAAUCAAGUUAGUGAUAGAGAGCAUACACAGUCUAUGUGAUCCUGUCUCUGACUUGCUUAACAAAAUCCCAAAUAGUAGCACAUCGGUCACCCUAAAAAGGCCCCCGACGGGUUCAACAGUUGCACAAGAUAUAUUAUAUGGGAGGAGUCAUUUUGAGAAAACUGUAAAUGCACUCACCCGUGGCAGAUAUGACAACGAAGCCCUUUCUGUUCUGCCUUUUGUUGGUCCUGGGGGUAUGGGAAAGACAACUUUCACCCAACACUUGUAUAAUGAUGAAAGGAUUGAGAGACACUUCGCUGUCAGGGUUUGGAUAUGUGCCUCAACUGAUUUUGAUGUGAUUAAGCUCACGCGGCAAAUCCUUAGCGGCAUACCAAAAACUGAAGAGGAAGAAGAAGAAGAAGAAAAUAACAGGACAAAUGAAACAACCAGUUUAGAUCAGCUUCAGAAAUCCAUUAUACGGAGAUUGAAGUCCAAAAGGAUUUUAGUUGUCCUAGAUGAUAUAUGGAAAUUCAGCAGUCAAGCUGCUUGGAAAAACCUGUUAGCUCCAUUCACGAAGGGGGAAAUCAAGGGCAGUGUGGUUCUCGUCACCACUCGAUUUCCAUCUAUAGCAAAAAUGGUGAAAACAACUGAUCCAGUUGAACUGCAUGGCUUGGACCCUAAUGACUUCUUCGCAUUUUUUGAAGCAUGCAUAUUUGGUCAUAGCAAACCCAGGCACUAUGAAGAUGACUUAAUUGAAGUUGCAAGAGAUAUUGCAAAAAAACUGAAGGGCUCUCCACUAGCAGCCAAUACAGUUGGUCGUCUUCUGAAGAAAAACCUUUCUCGGGAAUAUUGGAUAGGAGUUCUUGAAAAGAACGAGUGGAAAAAUACAAAAAAUGAUGACGAUAUUAUGCCAUCUCUGAAAAUUAGCUACGAUUACCUUCCUUUUGAUCUGCAAAAAUGCUUUUCAUAUUGUGCCCUCUUCCCUCAAGGUCAUAGGUUUUCUGUUUUAGAAAUUACUCAGUUUUGGAUUGCAAUAGGUAUCCUAGACCCUAGUUCUCCAAAUACUAAGAAUUACUUAGAAGAGCUGGUGGAAAAUGGUUUUAUAAUGAAGGGAGAUGAUAAGUUUGGUCAAUACUAUGUGAUGCAUGAUUUACUGCAUGAACUAUCUCGGAAUGUGUCAUCACAAGAAUGUGUCAAUAUAAGUAGUUUACAUUUUAGAGCUUAUGAAGUCCCACAAUCUAUUCGGCACUUAUCAAUCACCAUAGAAGAUCUAUAUGAUGAAAGUUUUGUAGGAGAGAUAAGUAGAUUGAAGAGCAGGAUUGAUAUUGGAAAUUUGCGGUCUUUGAUGAUUUUUGGAUUACAAGAUGUGAGAAUAGGUAAUGUUCUGAAAGAUACAUUUAGAGAAAUAAAGGGCUUGAGAGUUUUGUUUAUAGCAAUGAACAAUCCACUAUGUUUGUCAAAAAGCUUUUCAAAUCUUAUCCACCUCCAAUACCUUAAAAUUAGUUCACCCUUUGGCUUAGAAAUGACUUUACCUAGCACAUUAUCUAGAUUUUACCAUUUGAAAUUCUUGGACCUAGAAGACUGGCAUGGUAGUGAAAAAUUGCCUAAAGACAUCAGCCGCCUUGUGAAUUUACACCAUUUACAUUCUUCUAAAGAACUCCAUUCCAAUAUUCCAGAGGUUGGAAAGAUGAAGUGUUUACAGGAGCUAAAAGAGUUCAAUGUUAAGAAAGAGAGUGUUGGAUUUGAAUUGAGAGAGUUGGGGGAACUGAUAGAGCUUGGAGGAGAACUCAGCAUAUGUAAUCUUGACACCGUGGCGUCCAAGACUGAAGCAAGUGGUGCCAAACUGAAGAACAAAAGGAAUUUGAAAGAGUUGAGAUUAGUUUGGUGCGCAGAGCACCAGACUAUACAUGAUGAUGUUCUUGAUGGUCUUCAUCCACCACCUAAUCUCAGAUUGCUUGCCAUCAUAAAUCCUGGUGUUGCCCCUGUUCCUAGUUGGUUGUUUAGUGACAUUAGCACAAAGAGGUUAGAGUCUCUCCAUCUAGAGGGUGUAUCCUGGGGCACUCUUCCACCUUUUGAGCAACUAUCACAUCUCAGCCAACUCAUUUUGAAGAAUAUUGCUGGGAUGCGUGUCCUUGGGCCAGGCUUUGGUGGGGUUACAGAUAGAAGUUUCAUGUACCUGAAGGCAAUUGUGCUUGAGGACAUGCCAGAUCUUGUGGAGUGGGUUGGGGGACCUAAUGGGCAUUUGUUUUCAAGGUUUGAGAGCAUCAAAAUUAAAGAUUGUCUCUUUCUCCGCUCAUUUCCCUUCUUGGAGUUCUCUGGCCAUUUUACCAACCUGUGUAGGCUUGAUGUUGAUAAUUGCCCUAACUUGUCUCGAUUCCCAGCCAUGCCUCACACUUCCACACUAACUUAUGCUCGCGUGGAAGAAUAUGGUAGGCCAAAGCUGUUAUACGAUGGAAUGAAAUUGACAGUUGAUGGGUUUAAUGGUUCCUUGGUCUUCCAGAAUAUGAAUAAAGUAGAGGUUCUGAAAAUUCGAGAUGUAGCAAACUUUUCAUUGUCAGACCUCCAAAAGCAAAAGUCCCUGAGAUGUCUAGAUGUCAAAAGAUGCAACAACAUAUUCUCUGAAGAACUUGAUGACAGUAUUAUCCUCCAUUCAGUUCAGGAUCUUCGGCUAGAGGAAUUAUGUACUACCGGAGAAUUGUUUUCAAAGAUGUUGAAGUGUUUCCCAGCUCUAUCCCAGCUUAGAACCACCGAGUGCAGGAGACUAUAUCUUCUACCUGUGAAGGAGAGAGGUUCAUUCCAACUGGAAGAGUUUGUGGUGGAUAGCAUCUCAUUAGUGCUUGUUCCUUUCGUGUGUCGCCACCUUGCUGCUACUCUCCACACAUUAGAAUUCCGCUGGGAUAUGGAGGUGGAAACCUUCACGCAAUGGCAAGAACAAGCGCUGCAGCUCCUCAUCUCCCUCCAACGACUUAAAUUUGGAACUUGCAACAGAUUACGGUUUCUCCCUAAAGGUCUGCAGCACCUCUCAUCUCUCAGGGAAUUAGUGAUCUUUAGCUGUGGGAAACUCCGUUCGCUGCCGCAUCAGGCUGACCUACCUGCUUCACUGCAAACAUUACAAGUAUUGUAUUGCAGUCCCAAGCUAACUGAGAAAGCAGAGAAAUUAAAAGAAACAGACCGAUAUUUUUCGGCACUGAUAUCUGUGACUGUACAUCAAAUCCUUUAAUUUGACCAUCGGAGAACCGACUGCAAGAGGAUCACACA